AUAUCUGUAUUUGAGACUCUUAAAUGGAUGCAGCUAUUGAAAAUUGCAGUAUUUUACUUCAAAAGUUGGAGUUGUUGACCGAAACGGAAAAUGUUUUCGAAGACAUCGCGCAAUUAGACUCGGAUUAUUAUGCCUCUAGGAAUGGAUCCCUGUUGUUGGAGUUCGAGGAUGUUGUCUGUGUCAAAGAUGAGCGACUACUUGAAUCAACACUUCAGUGCUUGAAGUUCAUAUACGAGGAUAUGUUAUCGAGUGAAUGCACUUCUGCUAAAAGGAAACUUCUUUUCGAAAUUCUUACCAGCAUCUUUAAAAACCAAGGAAAUGAUACUUUAAUAACUUCAUUCGACUUUUAUCUCUUUGAUCUUAUUAGAAGAUGCAUGGCAAACGCAAAUUUGAAAGAGGCAGUUGUGGACACAAUGAACUGGAUUGAAGAUUUAUUGUCUCUCUGCACUUAUAAAAACUGUCAAGUUUUGCUUAGUAAUUUCUUCCAGUUAAUUGAACAUUUUCCAAAUACAACAACAACAACAGGAAAAGUAUCGAGAACGGUUCUGAGAAUUUUGCAAAAACUGCUUUCUAGAAACGACCCAUUGAUGCCAUCCUACCAGAUCUAUCGGUAUAUUUACGCAAUUUUUGAGUCUGUCAAGCGAAAUGAUGAAUCUGAGUUGGAGAAAAAGUCAAUGUUCUGGUCAGUAAUUUGGAAUUUUUACUCCAAUUUUAGGAAAUUGUCUCAAAUUUUGUCAAUACGUGGAAGAAGGUACUUGUACCCCAUCAUCCAGCAUUCACAGUGCAUAAACAAUAGGACCAAUUUCUGCUCUUUUACACCCCAGCACUACAAAGUAGACCCGGGAAGUCUCAUCAUAAAAAUGUCAGAAUCAGCCAUGUGUUUGGAUCCAGAUCUAAGUGAGCCCCGUUACGAUCUGAUUGUGAACUGUCUCCUGCAGCCAUACUGCGUGCACAUUCUGGAGCGAGCUCUGCUUCGACCCGAGACACCAGCUCAAAGUGAAGACAAAUCAUUGUCCAGUAGUGACACAGUUUCAACUCCAAACCUGUUGGCUCCUAAAACUCCGACAAAUGGUUUGCAGCAGGUAUUGACGGAGUUGAUUGAGAAGAUGAUUUUGGAUAGUGAUGUUACUUCACAGCACUGGGACAAUUUGAUUACAAAUAUCCAGUUACUAAUUCUGAAGAAUCAGGCGAUCAAAGUUCCGAUUUUCAUGAAUGCUGUAAUAACUGCGUUGAAAAGAAACCACCCGAAGUGGAAACUUGGCGACCAUGCUCGUAAAUUGUAUUUUCUUCUCGUCUCGUUUUUGUCCAUCAUUACUCUAAACCAGACUAUCCAGGUUACUGACGAAACACUUAACCAGCUUGUAGAAAUAGACCAAGCGUUGGCAUCAAACCACCAAAUGAGUUGCUUCGACCUGGAAACAGCUAAUGUGGAAGAAAUGUCCAGGCUGAUUCUCUGGUUCACGAUUAAAACUCAGACCCAGAAACUGAAAUACAGCGACGUGGACUUCCCACGAGAACUUCAAAUUUCGCAAGCUGAAGUUCAAAAUACAUUACAGAAGAUUGACAAAGACACCAAAAUUUCACUGUAUGUGAAAUUGUUAAAUUUUUCGAGCUCAAUGGAAGCCUCCACAAAUCAGUUGCAAAAGAAGUUGGUUUCAGAAAUACUCAACUCUCCAACGCAGACACCGGUUAAAUUAAUCGGGAAUCUUCUAGCUGCUGGGGAACUGAGCCCUCUAGACUUCAAAUCAAUACUGAAUCUAACAAUGUCCCUCAAAAUUGUCCUGUUCCAGCAAAUUACAACGCACUGGAAGCAAUUAAUGCCCCAGUUGGAAAAGGCAGGAGUUGCUGGAAAUAUAAACGUGCUGUUUCCAUCUCCGGCGCUAGUCGAGACUUAUGGGCGUCUGUAUAUGGACACCUUUUUCGAGACAUUCUACCAAGCGACCAUUUCAAUCGAUUCGGUGAUCCAAGGUGCAAUACAGCAAGCGUGUUAUAGGACAUUUUUAGUUUGUGCAGAGAUAUUUGUCCUGUUUUUACCAAGAUUAAAUAUGGCCUACUUCUACACGUUUUGCUCUCAUUGUAUAAACCUUUCAAACUAUAAGCAUCGACUUAAAUACUUGGAAAGCUCCCAGUUUUACUUUUCACUGGAAAACAUUUGCAUCCAAAUGAUGUCUUCUUUCGGCGUGAAAAACUUUAUAGCUCUUGCUGAAAAAUAUAAUACUACAAAUAUGAUAAUUCACAUGGUUUCGCCUGAUAAUGAAGACUACAAUAAACUUUUCAUGUUGAAUAUCGCACGCUGCAUGCAUAUAUCAGGAGUUGACUGCUUCGACAAAAUGUUCAAAACGUUCUUUGAAAUUAUCCAGGGGAAAACACCGCAUAUGUUAUCACAUCAUAUGCUGCAUAAUAUGCCUACACAGUUAAUUACACUGUACCAAAGUCAACCUUUUUUUCAAGUAGAAGUUAAUCAAAAGUUGAAACAAGAAGUCGAAAAUGAAUAUCACAAUUUUCUGAAGCUGCUGACCCGGCCUAGUAAUGAGGUUGUGAAUUAUAUUUUGCAAUUGAAAGGUCAAUACUUUCUCUGUUUUUUCUGGAAAUUAUUGUUGUCUGAAGAUGAAACGUUCAAACCGCCCCCGCUUGUCUGCGCUACAAUUCUGGAACAAAUUGGACCGAGAAAUCUGACGAAACACAUCCAGACAUUCUGUGAUUUUGUCAACUAUGAGAUGUUGACAAACGGGGCGAAAGGAAUGGGUUCGAAGUUUGUAGACGUAAUAAAUAAGAUGAUCUGGGAUUAUAAUGUAAUGACCACGGAUAGGUUUGUUUUCGCGAUGCUAUUGCGGCCAUUUGGCCAAAAGGAAGAUCAAGUAUCUCUAUUCUCGAUUCAUUUGUUACUGCAAAAUAGCCACGAGUUGAAAGAACGAAUAAUUUAUUAUUGCGAUUUAGUUGACAAAAAUGAUCUGCGAGAUCCAGAAACAAAAGGUGGAGUUUUUGCAAAUUGGCAACUUCCUUACAACCAAAAAUAUGAGGAAAAUUUUCAUUUUGAGGGAAUAUAUAAAGAACACAACGCGCAACCUCAGAACAGGUUUUUCUUCCCCACGUACUUCAGCAACUUGUGCGUUAGGUUCGUUCCAAUUUUCGAUUUGGUGUUGACAAGAUUCCUUGAAAUUCCACUUUUGUUCAAACAUUUAUCGACACUUUUGACAAGCUACGGACGUAUUUUUAGGUUACAUAAACAGCCUAUAACGUUUCUAUACAAAACGGUUGCGUAUUACAAAAAAGUGAUCGAAACAGAAGGAGCGCGGCUUCUUGUGAUGACAGUUGUUGAUGCGUUCAAAAACUCCAAACCGCCUGAAUGGUUGGUGUCGCACGAAUUCCUAGAAAACGCAGGAACUUGCGACAGUUUCAAAAACUGGAACCCCGCUACCUCUUAUUUGAACUCUCUUAUCGAGAAACUGACGCGCGGAGUUUUUAUGGCUGCUAAAUGCGAACCCUUUUGCAGAUUUAAUUGGGAAACCGAAGAGUUUACUAGUGUAGCUAGUCAUCUUCUGUGCUCAGUUUGUCUCGAGAUUCUUUGCUUACCAAAUAUGACCCCACAGACAGUUGUGGAUCACCUUUUUCAUUUAGCAAUCGCCAUCGAGUCAGAUAUGUUUAACAAGUUCCAGCGACUAAACAGUGUGUCACUUAUACUCAACCAUUUGCCCCCUAUUUACUAUAGCUGUAUCGAGACUUCGAUUUUGAUUACUAUGAGCAGUGAUGAAAUACGUUUGAUGUCUCCGUUAGCGGCGCUUGAAGUUUCUAACGUGAAAAACGCAAAAGAAAGUAGCGAGGUCAGCGCCACCGUUUUGAAAGCGCAGUAUCUGUAUUACCACGCAAACAUUUCGCAUCUCAAUCUUGCUAGACAGUUUCUCACCGAAAAGUUGAAACCAUUAGUAAAAACAGAAGCACAGUUGAUUGUGUUUUGUCAUUUGCUCUCUCCAUUUUUUCUUAUUUAUUCAGAUAAUAAACAUGUCUUGAAGACUUUAUACGCUGAUGUAAUUGAGUUGCUACCGGUAGUGGCGGAGAAUUUGCCCAAGAGUACGCCGAGUUUGAUUUGCGAGGACUUGUUUGUGGAUCUUCUUUAUUUUGGAAAGUACACAUCGAUAGGAGACGACUUGAAGCCCCUAGUGGACAAAGCAGCCCUAACUGCAGGACCUCUUAUGACCAACAAAAUGAAGUUCUUCUGAAUCUGAAAGCCAUAAUUAUCACUAAUUUAAUUAGUUUUUCUGAAAAAGGUUUGAAUUAUGUGAUUGAAACUGAAAUUUAUCGUCUACUUUGCGUUGAU